CAGCUGGAAUUGCAGCAAGAAGACGAGAACCCGGUUUCCAUUGCACCCUCCCGAGAUGCCAAGAUGGCUGAGCAGGCUGCCAUGCUGACUCUGGGGUAGGUCCCACGCAGAUGACAGUCAUGUCCCAUUCAAAGGGACUCAAGGACGACUGCCACAGCGACACGGUGCUGUCUGUCCUAAACGAACAGCGCAUCCGGGGCGUGCUGUGUGACGUCACUGUCGUCGUGGGGGACACCAAGUUUAAAGCCCACAGCAAUGUCCUGGCCGCCUCCAGCCUCUACUUCAAGAACCUACUGUGGAGCCGUGCCGUCUGCGGCUCUGGCCACGUGCUGGAGGUCGACGACCUCAAGGCCGAGGUGUUCACGGAGAUCCUGAAUUACAUCUACAGCUCCACCGUGGUGAUAAAGAGACGGGAGACAGUGACGGAUCUCGCCACUGCCGGGAAAAAGCUGGGCAUACCGUUCCUGGAAGAGCUGACGGACGGCGGCGGCAGCCCUCCCGGCUCCCCUGGGCCCCCGGCCCUGUCCUGUGCCACGGAACGGGGAACGGUGAAAGAGGAGAAAAAUGAGAAGCGCCCUGAAGAGCCAGCCAUCACCAACGGGCCCCGGAUCACAAACGCGUUUUCCAUCUUCGAAACCGAAAAUAGCCCCAACGUGUUUUCCCCGCUGGACUUGAGGGCGAGUUUCAAAAAGGCCUCGGACCCGCCACGGGGGCCCGGCCUCAGCGUGGAAACUGGAGGGGCCCGCGCCGGGGUGGAACUGGUCAGCACGCUGGCGGAACACUCCUACGCAGUUUCCUCGGGCGUAGAGGGCUUCCCGGGGCGCCCCUUUCCGGCACGUGGCACCAGCCCCCCACACCUGCCCCGGGAGAAGGAUCCGGAAGUCCUCCCGGCCAAGGCCGCAAAGCGCAGAGCCUCGACGCCUGCGUCCCAACUCCCCGGCUCAGGGGGAGCGAGAGCCAAAGUGCCAACCCCCAAGGGAGACCCCGCGGCGGCCCACCAGGGAAAGGCUGCAGCGCAGGUGGGCCUCUCUGUUUCUCCAUCACCCAGCAGGGCAGGUGAGGCCCCUGCGCCCAGGGAAGGGGCUGACAAAGUGCCGCCCGUCCUGGGCCCCGGGGUGAAGGCCACUGCCCCACCUGGGUAUGACUGCUCCUUUUGCACUGCGCCUUCCGAGGACCCGGCUCUGCUCAGGGCCCACCUCCGACUCCAUAGUCCCCCGCACCAAUCCCCAUUGGGGUGCAAGGGCUGUGGCCGGCAGUUCACCACCCUGACUCGCCUGGGCAGGCACGAGCAGACCUGCGCGAGGGUCGAUCACCCGGCCACCCCUCCCGUCCCCAUCGCCGGAAAUGCCGGGAGCUUCUCUGACCCACCCACGGACCACGUGGGCCCUUACACCGGUCCAGAGCCAGUGCUCCCCACUAGCCGGGCGGCUGAGCUGUCUGGCUCCCAGGGCCCCUUGCCCGAGGCAGACCACCUGGUGAAGGUGGUAGAGGGGCAGCUCCUGUACACGUGCUCCGUGUGCCGGCGCAGCUAUGUCACACUGUCGAGCCUUCGGCGGCACGCCAAUGUCCACUCGUGGCGGAGGACCUACCCUUGCCAUUACUGCAACAAAGUGUUCGCCCUGGCCGAGUACCGGACCAGACACGAGAUCUGGCACACGGGGGAGAGGCGGUACCAGUGCAUCUUCUGCCUCGAGACCUUCAUGACGUACUACAUCCUCAAAAACCACCAGAAAUCCUUCCACGCCAUUGACCACCGCCUCGCAGUCAACAAAAAAGCGGCAGGAGGCGGCCUCAAGCCCAGCCUCUACCCAUACAAGCUGUACAGGCUGUUGCCAAUGAAGUGCAGGAGGGCCCCGUACAAGAGCUACCAGAGCUCUCCCUACGGAGAUGGCCUUGAGGAGGGCCGGCCUCAUGGAAUCGCUCCCGGUUCCUGCCUGAUCCCAGAUCCCACCGGGGCCAAGCGUCCAGGCCCGGACUUCCCCGGCCACGACAGCAUCCCACCCAGCGGGGCGGUGGUUCCACAGAGCGGCUCUCCCGGGCGGGACACGCUCCCGACUCUGAGGGCCCCACUCGUGGCCUCCUGGGGAGUGGACCUCUUGACGACAGCCAUCCAGGGUGACUUCUACUCCUCCACCCAGGGGUCUGCACCCUUGGUGGGACCAAACCUCCCCCCGAGUGUCCUGGGGACCACGUCUGGGAUGCCGGCAUCCCACAAUGGCGGCGAGGCCCCGGUUCCCGGGGUGGGCUAUGGGCAGUCAGCUCCAUCUGUCAUCAUGCACAGCGGCAGGGUGUCCUCCGUCAUCGUGCACAGCAACACCAUUGCCACCAUGGCGAGCAGCUGGCCCAGUGCCCCCCGAGAUCCCACCGGCAUGGCCCCGCGGGAAGAUGUCCAGCCCAGCCCUGACCCCAGGGGCCAAGCAGGGAGCAGGCCCAAGGGCGUCAAAGACAAGAAGAAGGCCACACCACGUAGCAGCCGAGGGGGGACUCUCGAGGAACUCGCAUCCACCCCUGGCCCUGGACCGUCGGCCAGCAAAACAGCCAGCCCGGCACGGGAGACAAGCAAGACCGAGACGUACAUUGCCAAACCUGCCCUCCCUGGCACUUCGGCGGACAGCAGCGUCGCCCCUCUCUGCCAGAUCACGGUGAAGAUCGGGAACGAGGCCAUCGUGAAGCGGCACAUCCUGGGCUCCAAGCUCUUUUACCGGAAAGGAAGGAGAGCCAAACGGGCCCCCGAAGAGGAACUCCGCCCUCCCGAGAGCGAGCCCCAGAGGGCGGCCCGCAGCCCUGCCGGGCGCUGCCGGACGGAGCGGGUGGAGAUGAGCGAGAUGUUCGACGAUGUCAGUGACCAGGACGCUAACGACAAACCGUGGCGCCCCUACUACAACUACAAACCCAAAAGGAAGUCCAAACAGCUGAGGAAAAUGAGGAAAGUCAAGUGGAGGAAAGGAGGGCCCGGCAGCCGGAGUCCGAGAAGUGAGCAGAAGGCCUCAGGGGACAAGGUCGCCGCCCUGGAGAAAAUCCCCCCGGAGGGCGAGGGUGAGGGCGAGGGCGAGGGCGAGGCCACCCCGACGAUGCCCAAGCUCCUCUGCGAGCUCUGCGAUGGGGACCACCCUCCGCCCACGGCAGAGAGCCAGGCCGAGGACCAGUGGCCUCCCGCCUCCCCUCGGCCUUACGCCUGCGAGUUCUGCCAGAAGCAGUUCCAGAGCCCGUCCACCCUGAAGAUGCACAUGAGGUGCCACACGGGCGAGAAGCCCUUCUGCUGUCAGACCUGCGGGCGGGGCUUCUCCGUCCAAGGGAACUUGCAGAAGCACGAGCGCAUCCACCUCGGGAUCAAAGAUUUCGUCUGCCAGUACUGCCACAAGGCCUUCACACUGAGCGAGACGCUCAAGAUCCACGAGAGGAUCCACACGGGGGAGAAGCGCUACCACUGCCAGUUCUGCCUGCAGGGUUUCUUAUACCUGUCCACCAAGCGGAACCACGAGCAGCGGCACACCGCCCAGGGCUUCGCCUGCUUCCAGUGCCCCAAGGUCUGCAAGACUGCGGCUGCCCUCGGCAUGCACCAAAAGAAACACUCUUUUAAGAGUCCCGGGGCCCAGGAGGGGAAGGACUCCCUGUGUACCGAAAGCGCUAAACCCCUCGAGAGCCAGCGUUUCGGGCGCUCGGAGGGCAGUGAGACGAGUAACGUUUUACAGAGCGGGUCUGCGAAUGGCAUCCUCUGAGCGAGCCGGGAGGCCCCAAGUGAUGGAAGCUGGGAGGGGAGCGGGGAAGGGUCUGAUGUCACUCUGCACCCCACUCCCCACCCUGAAACAGGCACAGGCACAAGCCUUUGGACUUGUGUAAGUUCCCAAAAAAGUGACGUCCCUCUCCUUCUUCCAGGGUGUCGGCGGCACGUGAUGCAUGCACGUUGUGCUGACAAUGAGAAAGGCUCCAGGGUCAAGCUCUGGGGGGCGGGGAGAUUUCAACUCUUCUUUUAGUACUUCUGCCAGAGGAAAAAGUUUCACUACCGUGGGAAAAGUUUGAUCGAUUUGAAAAUGCUGGCCCAGCCCCCACCCCUAAGGUGGACAGCUUGGGGAGGGGGGUCAAUGUCAAUCACUCUGGGGAGUAAAGGCCCCGGUCCGAAAACCCCAACUUUGGAACGGUUAACCGAUGAACAAAAUCAGCCCGAAGAUCCCUCCCUCCCCUCAGAGCUCUGAGGUGGCGAGACUCAUCUGUUCCGGAUGGGUGGGAGCUCUGCGACCGCAAACCUCGUCACUCACACACGCCGAGAGCCGCUAGCUUGGCCUUGCCAUUCCCCAGUUGACUGUUAGGGGGAUGAGUGGGAGGCCAAACUGGAUAAUAAUAAUAAUAAUGGUACUUUUUAAGUACUUACUAUGUGUCAAGAACUGUUCUAAGCGCUGGAGCACAGUUCUGAGCACACCGGAGCACUGUUCUUCUGCUGAGGGUUCUGGAAAACCAGGCGGAGGGCGCUUCAAGGGCCAGCAGGCCCUUGCCAUUUAACUGCCCAGGGACAAGAGUUUUCCUGUAUCGAGAGUGUGGCUGGCAGACUACCUGAUUCUAGUCCUCGCCCGGGCUUGGUAUGCCACCUGGGGCGUAAAUCGUACCUGUCCCCGGGGGGACGGUAGCUAGAGUUGGCCAGGAUCUGCCCCUUAGAGCCAUGGGGGGAAGUUGGUAAAGCACCCUUGUUCCCCCACCACCGGCUGUUGAAGGGUCAGUUCCAGUUGACACACUCUGUCGCUGUCCCCGGGCCAUCCCGGCCCCAGGGGGUGGCCACUAGUCCCACCUGGGCCAGCAGCCCGAGGGAGAGGCUAAAAGGACCUCUCCAGGCCCCGCAAAAGGACUGAGGGUCACUCUAUGGAUGGACCACUGCCUGGGUGAGAGGCAGCUCCAGCGGCCCUGGAACUGCUCUCAAUCUGUCAGUCAAUCAGUGCUGUCUCUUGAGCCACUUACUGUGUAAAGAGCACUGUGCUAAGCUCCUGGGA